CGUUUUUCAUACGCCCGCAUUUUAAGAUCACUUUUCUCUCUCUCUUACUGUCCGUUUCUCUCGUACAGGCGUGACGUAUAUAAACGUUCGUUCGCGCCUAAACUUCCUCGUUUGGCCUUUUUACAGAAGCUGUGGAUUUAUAUGUAUAUAUACUUGAAGAAAAGCUUAUUAACAUCGGCCUGUGUCUUUUGUGUGAGAUAUUCGUGUAAUUAGGACGAAUCGUCAGGAUGAGAAAACAGAGAGCUUUGUUUUCCGGUGUGUUAUCGCCGAACUUACCCAGCGGGAUAUGUGUUUUAUGGAUGAUAAUACUUGUGUUAAGUGAGUUCUGCCUGAGUUUCAACAUUGAUGUUUCGCGACCCCUAGUAUUUCAGGGCACUGCUGAUACAAACUUCGGGGCAGCAUUAGACCUAUUGAAUAACUCAGAUGGGAAAUGGGUGGUGAUCGGUGCCCCUCUGGACACGUUGUCAAAUGCAGAGGGUUACUCAAAGACAGGGAACAUUUACCUGUGUCCAAUACGGCUCGACAAGAACCGGUCUGACGUCACAGAAUGUUCGGAGUUGAAUCUCCCGGAUGUUGGUAAAAUAGUGUCCGAUGAUUCCAUGUUUGGCUCAAGUGUGAUGGUGCUAGAAGAAACAACAGUCGUUUGCGCACCUGGAUAUAAAAACGCGUUUAAAACCAACUAUACUUCCGGCGCAUGCGUGUACUUUAAAAACGAGAACCCUUCAGAUAUUUCCAGUUUCCUGAUCCGGAUCCCAGCAAGUGAUACAUAUUCCUUUUCUAUGUCUAUGUUCGGAUUUUCCACCACAGCUGGAAUUGUACGUUUGUGUUUUUAUUUAAGAACAAAACGUUUCCUUAUACGAUUGGUGGACCAAACAGCGGAUGGCAAGCUCAAUCAUAUGGUAACAAUGAAUAAUGCCUACUUUGUAGCUGGAGGUCUAGCAACGUUUUCUAUCACACCACGAGGACUGCUGAGUCGAAGUGUGCCGGGAACAGAUUCUAGCCAACCAGGAGCCUAUUUUGGCUACUCCUUAGCUACUGGGGUGUUUGACAGGGAUAAAUCCUACUAUGUAGCAGGCCGACCCGGCUUUGCAAACAAUGGCGGAAAUAUUGGAAAUGUUGAGAUUCUUGAAUUUUUUGAAAAUGGCAUCAAGACAACCAAAAAGCUUAUAGCAGGUUUUCAGCUUGGUGGAGGAUUUGGACACUCUGUAUGCGUGGCGGACGUGAAUGGAGACAGCUAUGACGAUGUUUUGAUUGGUGCGCCGCUUGAGUAUAUUAACGAAUCAAAUAGAAACAUUGUGAUAGACAGCGGGGCAGUUUAUAUAUAUCUUGGCACAGGGACGCCCGAUAUUUUAAAGGAAACUCCGGUCGUUAUUCGAGGAACUAAAAAGCAAUGGGCAAGAUUUGGAACGGCGAUUGUUAACCUUAAAGAUAUUUCAAACGAUGACAUUGCAGAUAUUGCAGUAGGAGCCCCAUUUGAAGAUGACCACAGAGGGGCCGUGUACAUAUAUAACGGCCGCUCGGGAAACUUUGACAAACCGUGGACGUUUUCCCAGAGAAUUACUUCAAAUGACAUAAGCCUCGGGAUCAGUGCCCUGGGGUACUACCUUUCUAAAUCCCAAGUAGAUAUCGAUGACAAUUUAUAUGGAGAUUUGGCGGUUUCGGGUUUUAAGACGGACCAGGUGGUGGUUCUUCGGACACGCCCCGUGGCCCACGUAACCGCCGACAUCCUGACAACUCCGGGAUACAUUCCAAUCAACUCAACAGGACUCGAAUGCAAUCUUGGAUCGGACAUUCCCUGUGUUACUUUGAACAUCCGUUUUUUUGUGUCUGGAAAGGGAUUAGAGAAAGGAGUUUAUUUAAACUACAGUUUAUACAGUGAUGUUUUCUCCGAGAGCGAGCGAUUUCUCCUGCGACCAAACGACAGCCUCGUUAACAGUCUGAACAGAUCGCUGGAGUCGCAGCUUAUACUGCUUAAGCCAAACGAACAGACAUUUGUCAAUGUUUCGUUGACUUUAGGCACGAUAGACUGGAGAUUUUUCAAGAGCUUAGAAGACCCGGUUACAGUGAAGUUAACGUUUGCCUUAACGGAUUUAUCCAUUGGAGAUGAAGUAGUCCCCAUGCUGCAUACAGAUGUCAUCACAACACACACAAAAACACUUGAAAUCAAUCGAAACUGUUCCUCAGAUCCUUGCAAACCGGCAUACGUUGCCUUACUUCAAUCAGCAGAGAAGAACCUGACGUUACAGCAAAACCAAGAAUUAUCAGUUCAGAUGGCGUUGUUUAACACGGGUGAUCCGGUCGAGAAAACUGAAUUCUUCGUAGAAACAUUCCCGAGAAUGGAUUUCUCCAGGAUCAUCGAAGGGUUCAGUGACCUUCAGUGCAACGAGAUUUCUAUGGGAUACCUGCAUUGUGAGAUGCGUCCGGUCCGGUUUUAUGCUCACCAAAAAUACUCGUUUGUGUUGAAUUUCUUUAUCGACCCUAAUGCUGUGGUGGCGAAAAAUUCAGACCACGUGAAAGUUGAAGUCCUGUUUAAUUCAACCGAAGCUAACACAGACACGCCAAAGUUUGUGAUGAUUAGUCAUUUUAACCUUCGUUCCAAUGUUAGAGUUGUCGGAGGAUCUGAUUUCUCGGAGCUUAUCUUAGCAUCGAGCUCCGAAGGUAUCUUCAAAUAUUCAGUUUCGUUUGAUGUCCACAAUGACGGACCUAGUCCACUCGGUGCAAACUUAAAAAUACCGAUCGCAAGCGGCCACUUAAAGUCAGACAUUGUGAAGGGAAUAGCAGUUACGAAAGGAAAGUGUUCCGGGUUUCUUGACUUGGAGAAAAAGAGUUUGAAUGAUCCUGAAAACAUACAAUCUGAGUCGUUAACGGAUGAUGAAGCCACGGAAGAAGGGCCUGUUGAAAUUAAGUGUGGUCUUCCCGUCAUUAGCUGCACCUAUUUGACGUGUAAUCUUGGUUAUGUCAAGACAACGGAAUUCGAAAGUGUGGAAUUUACAAUGGAUCUCGAUGCCAGCGUUCUCUCUGCCAUUCUUAAAGGCCAAAGUGCUGAAUCAGGGUUUUUCGUCAUCCCUGGUGAUGUUCAGCAAUAUGACAACAAUAUUCCAGCAUUCAUCAACGUCACAGAGUCAGCCAAAGUAGCGCUGCGGGUGUCUGUUGGUUCCACAGGACAACAAUCAACAGACAUUUUAUGGUACACAAUAGGGGGUAGUGCAGGAGGGUUCUUGAUCUUCAUAAUUAUUGCACUUAUCCUAUGGAAGUGUGGGUUUUUCAAUCGGAAGAGGAGAGGAGAAAUUGACCGAGCUAAAAGACAGUCAAUGAUGAAGCAGAGACAGAGUAAUAUGAUGUCUAGCUUUGUGAAUAAAGAACUCAAUAAACAUUCAUCCUCGCCAUUAAACGGGGACAACAAGGACUCGAAGCUAUUUAGACUAAGUGCCAAAAAGGACUAUCCAGAUUUAGAGAUUCAAGAUAGAUAGCGCAGUGAAAAAUCUCUUCGAAGCGCAUGCGUUGCCGGACAUUUGUAGAGGGUGAUGAAGAUAAAGUUGAUUGUGCUAAAAGGUCAAGAAUAAACAUGGUGUUGGAAUGUUACAUUCCCUUUUUACCGGUGAACAAUAGAUGACAUGCUGAAAUAUCUUCGGAUACAUUCAAGACCUAUCAUUUGUUAUCAGAAUUUCAUUUCUUAGAGUUACCAAAUUUCUUUUGGGUUUUUUUCUCUCCAUUUGUAUAUUUUUUUCAUUAACAUGAAAAAGUGAUUUGAUUGGUCCAUUCAUGUAUGUAAGUCAUGUUCAUUUUUUUUAUUUAUAGGUUCAUGUCUAUAAUUGACUUUUAAGUUAUCUUAAACAUCGAUUUUGUAAUUUUUAUAAUACUCUUUUUCUAAAAGGAUGGCCAAAAAAAAUUAGAGUUAUCAUAAUGAUAUGGUAAGUUGAUACUUUGCAAGGAAUUUACUAGAAUAAAUGAUUACUCUCAAAAUUUGACAGCUUGAUUUGUUAUUUCAUAUCAUUUAAAACGAUUGUCUAAUGUUUUAGAAAUAUUGUUUCACUGAAAAUUAUUUUUUUUUUGUAAUUUGUUGUUAACAAUAUUUUAAAUAAGUAUUUCUAAUGUGUGAUUAAAAUAUGGAUGUCGGUGGUAGGAUUUAAAGCGAGGUACAGACCUAGCAACAGUAACUAUUUAUUUCGUAAAUACAGCUAGUGCCAUGUUUGUUAACAUCAAUUGUGUAGUAAUACAAACAUCAUGUAAAUCAUAUUUUGUUUCUGUUGGACUGUUAACUCAUAUAUUAAAAUCUUCUUCUGUCUGUCAAAUCUCAUUUCGUUUUUAAAAAAAGAUAGUAUCAUUUUAGCAACCUAGAUGUUAACAAAAACAUGAAACGAACCAUGUUUUCAUAACUAAGAAUUAAAACCUUUGUAUCUCGCUUUAAAGUUAAGACCUGACAUUCAAAGGGUGCAAAACACAGUUUUA